GCCCAAGCAAUGCUGAGUCUUUGCUCUGGACUGGGGGCAGCAGAAAAGCAAAAGCAAGCCUGAGCCUCUCCACUGGGACUGUUAAGGAGGGGGGGGAACGCAAAGAAAGAAAUGUUAGGACUCCUUUCUGGACUUUAGGGAGGAAAAGCAGGGAAAGGAAUAGCAAAGGCAAUGCUGGUCGUCUGGUCAGGAGUGUAAGGAGAAAAUAUAGCAAUGCUGAGUCUGUUGUCUGGACUGAGAAAACUUGGUCAACAUGGCCAAACCCUGGAGUGAGCCUGAGUGAGUUGGGGCUUUCGCUCCACUUCCAACUUUGAACACAGCACUUUGGACACAUGCAUACUGGACCUCAAAGUGGAUCGAAGGUGUUCCUGGUGAAAAAUGCCAGCAGCAGUACAUCUACAUUAACGCAGGACGGCCAUCACGGAGUGUCGCUGUUGUGUUCAUCACUCAUCCCGCCAAACCCCUGGAGAAGAACCCUGUCUCGUAUCGAAACAUAACCAAGAAUGACGAGACGGCACUCAAGUCCUCAUUAACCUCGCUCGAACCGGUUGUGACUUCCGAGCAGAUAAAUCAGAGCUUUUCCUGGAUCCAUCUGUGAAGCUAUUCCCACAGCAUAGAAUAAAUCCAUCGCUCUUAUCAAACCCACGGCGCAGUGUUCAAGUGCAGCCCACCAGACCAUGAUGUUUCGUGACCAGGUGGGCGUCUUGGCCAGCUGGUUUAAGGGCUGGAACGAGUGUGAGCAGACCGUGGCUCUGCUGUCGCUGUUGAAACGGGUGAGUCGGACCCAGGCUCGGUUCCUGCAGCUCUGUCUGGAGCAUUCAUUAGCUGAGUGCACGGAGCUGCACGUUCUUGAAGUGGAAGCCAACAACCCAGCGGUGAUUGGCCAGUGGCAAGUCGAGCCAAAAGAGCGUCUCAUCUCUCUGGUCCUGACCCACUUGCCCCUCCUCAAGCCUGGAAACGGCGAAGCCAAAAGCGAGUACAUGCGGCUACUUCCCAAAAUCCUCACGCAUACGAUCGAGUUUGGACGGCACCUCGAGGAGAGCAGGCAGCUGCUCUCGUACGCUCUCAUCCAUCCGGCCACGUCUCUGGAGGACCGGGCCGAUCUCGCUCUCUGGCUCAACCAUCUGGAGGAACGGGCAGCCACUCGCACUGCUGGAGGAGGUGGAGGAGGAGGAGGAGGAGGAGGAGAUUCACUAGAGAGAGUGCCUUCUUCUCAUCACCUCUAUGCCCAGCAUCAGCGUUACGGCUCUGAUGAUCGCCUCAACGGCUGGCAGGGAUCCAGAGACUCGGGCAUCGCCACCUGGCACACGCAGCAACAACAGCAGGGUUGUGAGAAUGGGCAUCUUCUUCUAUAUCCAUCGUCAUCAGUCCCUUCUACCAUCAAUACAGUGGGCACAGGAAGUGGAAGCAACUCCAUCCUGCAGUCUGCGGGUCAGCACAGUCCUCUGAAGCGUUCCGUCUCUCUCACUCCCCCGAUGAGCGGCUCGUCCACUCAGCCUCUGGGGCAUGGCUGGCUCUCACAGGAGGACCUGCGGGGACGGGGGGCUCCUCUCACCCCUGACCACGCCCCUCUGUCCCCUCAGAGCAGCGUGGCGUCAUCAGGGAGCGGUGGCAGCGAGCACCUAGAAGAUGGCUCGGGCCUGGGCAUGGCACUCCGGAGCUCUUUCAACGAGGAAGGGAGCGGCAUGAGGGGUGAGGGAACUGUCUCUGUGAACUGCCAUAACGUUCCGGCAUGGCUGAAGAGUCUGCGUUUGCACAAGUACGCUGGUCUGUUCUCCACUAUGACCUAUGACGAGAUGAUGUCGCUGACGGAGCAGCAGCUGGAGGCACAGAGCGUUACUAAAGGGGCGCGGCACAAGAUCAUCAUCAGCAUCCAGAAACUGAAAGAGAGACAGAACAUGCUGCGCUCUUUGGAAAAGGAUGUGUUGGAAGGUGGGAAUCUGCGUUCUCCUUUGCAGGAGCUCCAUUAUAUCGUCGGGACUCCCAUUAAAGCGUUCAACAGCGUGGCCGAGUCUCCACAGCGCUCCCUACUGAGCGCCGAGGGAAAGAGCGCAGCCACCGGAGUGUGUGUGAGCGGAGGGGAAGCCGAGAGCAGCACCACACUCAUAGCAGAGGGGGACAUUCCUGCUCAGUUCACACGCGUCAUGGGCAAAGUGUGCACACAGCUGCUGGUGUCUCGGCCGGAUGAGGAGAACAUCAGCUCGUAUCUGCAGCUCAUCAAUAAGUGUGAACUCCAUGAGGCUUUCACAGAGACGCAGAAAAAGAGACUGUCGUCAUGGAGGCAGCAGGUGCAGAAGCUAGUACGCUCGUUUCCACGGAAACCUCUCCUGGACAUGACUGGGUACCGUCAGCAGAGGAGCAGCCGUGGUUUCGGUCAGUCCAACUCCCUUCCCAGUGCUGUGUGUGUGGGCAGCAGUGUGUGUUCCCGGAGGAACCUGCGGCAGUUUCCGGUGCCAUCUCGGAGUCUUCCUGCGCCCCGGCUCGGCCUGCUGGGCACCACCGGCCUGCUCACACACACGCACACGCCACGCAGUUCCAACAACACACCUACCAACCUGAAGCAGGGCAGACAGGGUCUAUGGUUUGCUAACCCAGGCGGCAGUAACAGCAUGCCCAGUCGCACCCACAGUUCCGUGCAGAGGACGCGCUCUCUACCCGUCCACACGAACCCACACACCAUGGCCAUGUUCCAGCAGGCAGAUCUGCAGGUUCCUGUGACGGAGCCAGACAUCAAUAAUCGAUUGGAGUCCCUCUGCCGCAGUAUGACCGAACAUGCUCUAGAAGAUGGUGUUGAUCGGACAUCCACUAUCUGAAGGAGAGCACGAAAAGGAGGCGGAGCUAUCCAUGAAUUGAAGAGACGGUGGAGGGGAGGGCCAUCUGUGAGGCAUACGCCUGCAUUGUCCUUAAACUCCGCCCACUUUCGCAUCUAACCAACUCAGUCAAUGGGCUGGUGCGUGUGGCUUACAUGCUGCCAUUCACCUUCUUCUGAAAGCCUGCUGCAACUGACCAGCUCCCAUCAUCAUCAUCUUCAUCAUCAUCAUCAUUAGCAUCGUCACCAUGACUACUUUUUCUUUUACAUUUAGCCAUCGGAUAUUUUUGGGAGAUACAAAGAAACAAAAAAAAAACGUUAAACACGAUCAGAGGUACUGUAUUGUACUGAGGUUUGGUGAAUGCGGAGAAGAGGACAGAGGACAGGAGAGAUCCAUGAGACUUGAGGACUGUGAAGCUGCCUCGCUGCCCACAGAAACCAAAAACAAAAACUGCCGGUAAUCAACAAACACACACUAAAAAGAAACUUGUGUGGAAUCACCAAACCAAGUCGUUUACACACAUCUAUCAGUUAUCAUCUCUAACAGCAGCAUGAGUUUACAAGUUUUCGUUAUUUCUCGGAUUCUUUUGGGAGAGCUGUUGUGUGAAAAUUUGAGCAGCAGUGGUCAGAGAGGAGAACAGGAAGGAACGAGAGAGAGAGAGAGAGAAAGAGAGAGAGAGACAGACUAACAGAGAGAGAGCGCAAAUGGGGAAAAAGGAAGUGAUGUAAGCAUGUGGAGGAUGUGAGGUAGAUCGAGAGGGGAAGGAAUGUAGUAAGUGGAUUUGGACGUCAAAGGAAGUGGAUGAAGGCAUAUGGUAAGUCCGGCUAAGGUGGACGUGUUUGUCCGGAAUGGAAAGAGAUACUUGGCGAGAUUUCCAGCUUGAAAUCUUAUUUGAUAGAAGUCGCUGAUCUUGAUCAGCAUGUUUGUAUCUGAACGUCUUGGGAGAAGCUUAAGGAAGUGACAGUCAUGUAAAAAAGCCUAAACUGGACCACUGCUCGUUUGGGGCCGUGCUUCUAUUUUCAUGCUCGGGAUUGUAAAUAAAUAGAAAAAUGUAAAUUUAGGUUUUGCAUAGUACUAUCCGCAUGCUGGAGUGACCGGGGGAAAUUUACUCAAGUAUGUAGCUCCAUCUGGUGGUCAAAUGAUGUAACAUGCAGUCAUGUGCCUUCAUGUAGAUGUCAGAAAACACUGAUAAGCCUUUAGGAGACUAAAAAUUGUUUCCCCCCCAGUGUGACCAGGAAACAAAACAAAAAACAGCUAAUUAA